AUGGAUCCUUGUGUAGGGGAGUGUGAGUUAGCCGAGAGGGACCCGGGGCUGUGCGUGUGCAAGGAGGGACCGACACUCGACAUCCUCAAGGACAUACAGCGGCUCUAUGAGGAGAAGUUGGAACAAUUAGAGAGGGCCUGUGGCGUUACCAAACUGCAGCAACAAGUGAAUCUACUUCGGUCGUGGGUGAGUGACUUGGUGGGCCAGAACACACUCCUCGCGCGUGCUGUAGAAGAGCUCGAGACAGAGGCCACCACCAAACUGAUGAUGGAACGCCAGAAGAAUAGCGAGAGAGGUUCGAAGAACAUAAUAUGCGGUAAAGUGUCGGAGCUGAAGCUGUUAAACGAGUCUCUGCACAAGGAGAAUAUGGCCAAGGAAAGAGAGAUAAGACAGCUGAAUAAGGAAGCCCAAGCGUACGAGCAAACUAUCAUGAACCUUAGGAAAGAGAUGUCGAGCUGCAAGUAUCACUCGCCAGAGGUGGCGAAGAAGGACGCCGAAGUGAUGGCCGGCAUGUGCUGCACGGGGACUGAGUGCGGCGAGUGGGAGCCGGUGAAGGACAUCAGCGAGCUGCUGCGCCACGAGACGCUCAAGUACCAGGAGCGCAUACAGAAGAUGGAGACUAACCUCAAGUCUAGCAGCGACAAUAUCCGCGCGCUGCGCAAGGUGAACGUGACUCUGUCGGAGGAGAUGCACGCCAUGCGCCGCGUGUGCGCCGCGCUCGACGAGCAGUGCCGGGACGCCAACAUGCGCGCGCUCUUCAAGGACGACAUCAUCAAGGAGAUGCGGCGACAGCUCAAGCUGGCCAAGGCCAAGAUAAAGGACAACUCAGAAGUCACUAGCCUGAAGUCGAAAGACUACGUGAGCGGCGACGGUGAGUGUCCACACGGGUCGUCCGCGUCGUACGACUCGGUGACCAUCGCGUGCGUGCGCGCGCAGCCGCGGCGCAAGCGCGACGUGCCGCUGCGGGACACCGCGCUGCGACCGUACGAUUGUCGGACCAACAUCAACCUCUCCAACGAUGAAUCCAUGAAUAUCGACUAA